CAGAGAAAGAAGAGAUGUAUGUUUGCGAGUUGGUAUCCUCGCUUCAAUUCAGUGACCUUUAGUAGUUGCGUCAUUCCUUUGCCAAGACUAUUCAUCGAUUAUCUCAACUCGGAUCACUUUGCUGCAGAGACUACACAAUUCCCAAUAUAUAGAACUGCUGAUAAUGAUGAGGAUGAAGCAGUGCAAGAUGAUGACGAUGAUGAGGAGUGGUCAACAGAGCCAGGCAGGAGUCAACAAUCAUCACAGUUCAAUCCAAAGUACUAUCAAUCAUAUGAGGUCAAUGAUACUGAUAGCCAAGAUGAGUCGGAUGAGGAUUGCAAUGAACGUGUUAUAGACCCUGCUGCACUGGCUGACAUCACAAAGCGAAUCAACGACUCUAUUGAACUGCUGGGAGGUGAGGUCAUUCCCAAGCUCAACUGGUCCGCGCCCAAAGAUGCCACAUGGAUGAACUCCUAUGGUAGUCUAAAGUGCACCACUCCAUCCGAUGUCAUACUCCUACUCAAGAGUUCAGACUUUAUCAACAAUGACUUGGCACAAUUCGAGUUGUCCAAGGAGUUGAAGGACCAGCAUAUAACACCCUAUACAUUAGUACUGCGGAAGUACCAUAACCUAUACUUAUCGAUGGAGUUCAGAUGCUUUGUUCGAGGCAACAAACUGGUUGGAAUCAGUCAGCGUGACACAUCAACAUUUUACAACUUCCUACCCGCCAAGAAGAUGGCCAUCGAACAAGCCAUCCAAGAAUUCUUUAUCGAGAACAUAUGUCGUCAAUUCGACGACGAGUCAUAUUGCUUCGAUGUAUAUAUUACCAAAGAGAAUAGAGUAUGGCUGGUCGACUUCAAUCCAAUACAUCCAACAACAGAUUCAUUGUUGUUUGAUUGGUAUGAGCUGUAUCCAAAGGAGGACUUGGUAUUGGCAUCAUCAACAACAUCUGAAGAGGAGGAAGAGACAGUGAAACAAUUGGAAAGAUUUGAAUUCAGAAUAGUAGAGACACACGAAGGAAUCAAACCCAACCUAUCCAUGCAGAGCCGACUGCCACUCGAUCUGGCCAGCAUGUCUGGCACUCCAGCAAUCGAUGACAUGCUGAUAAAACUCAAGGAUACC